AUUGUUGAACGCAGUUUCGCAACAACUGUCAAAAAUACGUGUUUGUUUUCUCGCAGAUUGAGAAUUUAUUGAAAAUGGAUAUCCGUGGAUAUUUGAAAUAGAUUUAAUGAAUAUUUAUACGUUAGUGUAGUAGUUAAUUAAUAACUAGUUGUAAUUUAAACUAUGACAGAGAAAGAAGAUGUUACCAAUGAACCUGAAAAAGAGCCAUUAGACGAUGAAGCCCUAGAAAAAUUGGCAGUUGAAGAAUUAUUAAGAGAAGCAGUUCAAGGUGCUGCUAGGGCUGAAAUAGUUGGCCCGUCUGGUUGGAUCAAAGCUCCACAAAAUAAAACUAAUAAGCGCUUCUUAGUUAACACUUUGCGUAAUGCUGUAAGUUCCAAUAAGUAUCACUCCAGGUCACGCAGAUCACAUUCGCACAAAUCACCCAAUCGUGAAAAACAUCUAGAACCUUCAAUUAAAAAAGAUAGAUCCAAAAGAAAACAUUAA